AUGACCCAAUUCAAAUGGUUCAACACUUUGCUUCAAAAGAGUGCGAACAAAUUGGUUGAUGCCCCCAUGUCCAUGUGGCAUCGAAAAGCUCAGUUCCACAUUAGCCUCAAACCACCAAAGCCAAACCAAACCCUCAGGAAGUACCUUGAAUGCAACAACCACACCAAAGUGGUUAAACUAUUCAGAUCCUUCCUUAGAAAAAGAGCCACUUUCAACUCCAUUGAUAGCUUUUCUUUCCUGUUUGCCAUUAAAGCCUGCAAUCGGAUACAUUCCUCCAUGCAAGGAAAACAAUUGCAUGCCCUUAUAAUAAAAUUUGGAUACGAAGCCAUAGUUCAACUCCAAACAUCCCUUCUCAAAAUGUAUGCUGAACGGGGGAACCUGGGUGACGCACACCAAGUGUUCGACGAAAUACCAUCUAAGAACAUCAUAUGUUGGACAUCUUUGAUUUCUGCCUAUGUUGAGAAUCACAAACCAUGCAAAGCUUUACAACUGUUUAGACUGAUGCAGAUGAACAAUGUGGAGCCUGAUCAAGUCACUGUAACUGUUGCUCUAACUGCUUGUGCUGAUAUUGGGGCACUUGAAAUGGGUGAAGGGAUCCAUGCUUUUAUUCGGUGUAAACAAGGGAUGAACAUAGAUUUGUGUUUGAAUAAUGCUCUCAUAAAUAUGUAUGCUAAAUGCGGGGAUAUCGUAACUGCCAGGAAGUUGUUUGAUAGCACAAGAAACAAAGAUGUCACAACUUGGACGUCUAUGAUUGUGGGGCAUGCACGGCAUGGGCAAGCACAUGAAGCUCUUCAACUUUUUUCAGAAAUGAACAUAAAGAGGGACAAGAAAAGCUGGAGUUCCUGCACCUAUAUGAUCGUUCCUAAUGAUGUAACGUUCAUAGGAGUUUUGAUGGCCUGUAGCCAUGCAGGGUUGGUUGAGGAAGGAAAGCGCCAUUUUAGAAGUAUGACUAAAGAUUAUGGUAUACAGCCUAGAGAGCCUCACUUUGGUUGUAUGGUGGAUCUUUUAUGCAGAGGUGGGCAUUUGAAAGAAGCCUAUGAAUUCAUUAUGGAGAUGCCAGUGCCUCCAAAUAUGGUGAUUUGGCGAACCUUGUUGGGGGGAUGCAGCCUCCAUGGUGAAUUAGAGCUAGCUGCAGAAGUUUGGCAUAAGCUGCUCAAGUUGGACCCUGGCUAUGUGGGUGAUAGUGUUGCCAUGUCUAAUAUUUAUGCCGAUAAAGGCAUGUGGAAUAAGAAGAUGAUUGUUAGGAAUAAGAUAAAACAAUCAAGAGCUCCUGGCUGCAGCUCAAUUGAGGUGGGAAGUGGGGUUAGUAAAUUUGUGACUGCAGAUAAUAAUCAUUCUUUAAUGAUUGAUAUAUGA